AUGUCUUUGUCAGAUUAUGUUCUCUUUCUUCUUGGAUUUAUGGGAGUCUACUGGGCUUUAUGGAUACUAUUCACGGUAUGGUUACAUCCUUAUUCGAAAUAUCCAGGCCCAUUUUUAGCAUCAAUAUCACGGCUCUGGUUGGUACUCGAGGUGUUUCAAGGGCACGCACAUAUAACACAGAAGUCCCUUCAUGAGAAACUUGGUCCCAUUGUACGAAUAGCCCCAAACGAAGUGUCAAUUUCGGACCCAGAGUUCAUAAAGGUUAUCUAUGGGGUCAAUUCAGGUUUUACGAAGACCGAUUUUUACCUUUCCUUCCGACCAAAAUUUGCACGAUUCCCGGAUCUUUUUACCACGAUUAAUGAGAAAGUCCAUAGCCAACGGCGGAAAAUAGUGAACAACAUUUAUUCAAUGACUAGCAUUGUCAAGUCCGAAGACCUCAUAGAUAUUUGCUCGGAACUUUUCCUGCAGAGAAUUGGAGAAUUCGCUGAAACCAAAAAUCCAGUUGACAUUGCGAAAUGGGUGAAUUGGUACACAUUUGACGUGAUUGGAGAGCUUUAUUUCAGCUCAAUGUUUGGUUUCAUGAAGGAGAGACAAGACUCUCACAAUUAUAUUGCGUCACUCGAUAAUUGCCUUCCUAUUGUGUGUGCUAGCGGUGUGCUGCCUAAGUACAUACGGAUUCCCUUCCUCUUUUCUGGCCUACUUUUCUCACCAAUAAGGAGCGCGAUGCAUGCGCUUUCUGCUAUCAACCAGGCGGCGGAGACAAGCGUCACAGAUCGGAUUCAGCUACGAGAGAAAGGCAACAGUACAAGAGAAGACAUCCUCGACAAACUGCUCUGUAUUUAUGAGAGCAGAGGCGAUGAGCAAGACUUCACUGUGACUGACAUCCAAGUUGAAGCGUAUGGUGGCUUCUUCGCGGGAAGCGACACUACAGCAGCGGCGAUAUCAUCUAUUUUGUUUCAUAUCAUUAAGAACCCUGUCGUCUACAGCAAGUUGAUGAAGGAGAUUGACGAGGCAUCAGCCGCAGGAAACCUAAGUUAUCCGCAUGUUAAGUAUGCUGAAGCCAUGCGGCUACCAUAUCUCAUCGCAUGUUGCAAGGAGGGAAUGAGGAUACAUCCAAGUAUUGGAAUGACGCUGCCCAGAGUUGUUCCACCUGGCGGUCGACAAAUCUUAGGGCAGUGGUUCCCUGGAGGGCUCCGAGUAGGCGUGAACGCUGCAGUAGUUCAUUUUGACAAAGGCAUAUUCGGCGGAGAUGCAAACGAGUUUAACCCAGAGCGCUGGCUUCGGGGAGAUACAGCCAAUAUGGACCGACACAUGUUUCAAUUUGGAAGUGGUUCAAGGAUUUGUAUUGGAAAGAAUAUAUCACUUUGCGAAAUUCAUAAAUUCGUCCCAGAGCUUCUCCGAACUUACGAAAUCAAGCUAGCCAACCCUGAUGCUGAAUUCGUCACAGUCAAUCACUGGUUCAACAAACCAUGUCCACUUCAGGUAAACGUUAAAAGGCGUGCUAUUGGUGUUUGAGUGAAGUGGUGGCCGAGAUUGAUGCUAGAUUUGGGUUCGAUAAAUAUUGCAUUGUCUCGUAGCUUUUAUUAAGGGCCUAAAUAGUUUCAAUUAAAUAUCUCACGGACUGGGGUACAUCGACGAAUUUGACAAGUAAAAAAAAACACAGGAAUCAACCCG